AUUUGACCGCAAGGAAAAUAGGAAGGCUUGGUUGGAGAGGGCUAUGAGCUUUAACGAACGGAAGACAGACAGAAAGGCCCACCAAAAGAUUUGUCGAUUAUUAGCCAUGAUCAAAUUAAGGCAAUUAGUGAUGGAUGGAUUCUGGAUAGAAACUAAAGCUAAACUUUACUGUAAAUUGAAAACAUCUCUUUUGAGAGGCAAAAGCGGUUGCUGUUAAAAACUUAUUGUUUUUCUCUUUCUAAUUGUUAGGGUGGUCUCUUUCUUCUUCAUUUUGGCAGUGAGAACAUUUCUCUCCGUCUCUCAAGUUUCAAUAAUGGAGCUUUAUGCCUCUAAUAUCUGCUAUUAAAGUGACAUUCUUUCUUCUUCUUCUUCGGUUACUGCUUUCUUGUGCUUCUUUUAUUAAUCUGUAUAUGAACAGUAGAAUCGUGGGUUCUUUCUUUUUUCUUUUUUGGAUAAUUUUCAGUUUUUAUUGAAAUUAAAGUGGUAAAUGGAGCAGUGAGUUCUUGACGGUGUUUAGUAGUUCAGUACUUGGUCAGAAGGAAUUGGUUAUUGGGUGUUUAAAUGUUGAAAUUGCACUUGUUAGUAAACUUUGAUUUAGGCUUGAAUGAUUAUGUCAAGAUAUAUAACUCAUUGGUGCGGGUCUGAUUCUUGGAUUUCUUUUAGAGAAAUACUCAUGACUAAUCAGGUCUUGUUUAUAUCUCCAUUCACAUGAAUUACUCAAGUUAAAAUCUGGGCGUUCUUGGUACCUAGGUUAAGAUCUGUCAAGGUUUCAUUCCUUUGCUAUUUCUGGCCCAGUUCUUAGAUAUGUUUCAACUCAGAGAUGCAUGAAGAACAUGUAUAACAUUGGUGAUAAUUAGCUAUUCUAUCAAAUGUAUUUAAUGACUGACUUAGAGUCAAAAUCAUUAAUGAAUUCUGGUCCAUUACCCCUCUGUGAACUGGCUUGUCAUCUAAACAAGGAGAAAUCGAAGUCCUAUGGAAGAAUCAAGAGGUCGACGUCUACCUUCUGAUCUUCCAGAUUCUGCAUUUUUUCAUAAUGCCAGAAGGCUAAAUUCAGAUGGUUAUGGUAAUCAUGGGACUGGCUUGCCAGGCUUGAAGAAGAGAGGUCAUGGACAUGGAAGCCGUUCUUGGAUAAAAAUUGAUCAGAAUGGUGACUUAGAGAUAUUGGAGCUUGAUAAGGCUACUAUUAUGAGACAUUGUUCCUUGCCUGCUAGGGAUCUUCGGCUUUUGGACCCACUUUUCAUUUAUCCUUCUACAAUCUUAGGAAGGGAGAAGGCUAUUGUGGUGAGUCUUGAACAAAUUAGAUGUAUAAUCACAGCCGAGGAGGUUAUCUUGAUGAAAUCCUUGGAUGGAUGUGUCAUUCAAUUUGAGUCAGAAUUCUGCAAACGUCUUCAGACAAACAAAGAUCAAUCUGAGGACUUGCCAUUUGAAUUUAGAGCGCUGGAAUUGGCUUUGGAGUUAACUUGCAUGUUUCUUGAUGCUCAGGUGAAAGAACUGGAAAUUGAGAUUUAUCCAGUGCUGGAUGAACUAGCUUCUUCUAUUAAUACUCUGAAUCUGGAACGUGUUCGUAGACUCAAAGGCCACCUCCUUGCAUUGACCCAGCGAGUUCAGAAGGUUCAUGAUGAGAUAGAACAUCUCAUGGAGGACGAUGGCGACAUGGCUGAGAUGUAUCUGACAGAGAAGAAACAGAAGGCAGAAGCUUAUGCACUUGAUGACUUAUAUUUUCAAAAUAAUAUCCCAGGUGAGACCAAAGUGGUUUCAAAAUCUGCACCUGUUUCGCCUGUGAGAUCAAUUAGUGGAGUCCAGAAAUUGCAGAGAACCUUUAGCACCGUUGUUACUUCAAGCAAACAUGGAAGCUUGACAAGCUCUUCCACUAAUUAUGAAAAUGUUGAUCAACUUGAAAUGUUGCUGGAGGCAUAUUUUGUUUUCAUUGACAACACCCUCAGCAAGUUGUUCUCGCUCAAAGAAUAUAUCGAUGAUACUGAAGAUUUAAUCAACAUUAAACUGGGAAAUGUCCAGAACCAGCUGAUUCAAUUUGAGUUGCUUCUUACUGCAGCAACUUUUGUGGCAACAAUAUUUGCUGUUGUUACAGGAAUAUUUGGAAUGAAUUUUGAAGACUCGAUUUUUGACCAGCCAUCUACAUUUAAUUGGGUUCUAAUCGUAACUGGUAUUUUAUGCGGGUUACUGUAUUUGUCUUUCUUGUCUUACUUUAAGCACAAGAAGGUUUUUCCAUUGUAGAGUUUAUUGCAAACUGCUCAGUGAAGAAUGCUAUUCUCCUUUUUAUCCACUGGAGUGGACUCAUUGCAUUGGGAAGCAGAACUAUGAGGUCCAAUUCCCUUUGAUUCUUAGACAACUUUGGGUAUCUGCAGCUCAUUGCUGUUGCUAUGGUAUAAUCACAUCCAUAAUUUUCAUUUUUCAUGUACUUUUCUUCUAACUCAUUGCAUUGUAUAAAUAUUGUUGUCAAUGUUAUAUUCUAGAUUAAAGUUAUUCAAAAAAAAUGCAAAAGGCUGAGGAUUUAUUAUUAUUAUUA